AUGACAGGAAGCUUUAGUAUUUCUCUACCCACGGGGGAAGUCUUGUAUGCAGACCGGGUAUUCAGAGAGUGUUAUGUUCAAGUAGAUGAUGCGUGGUUGGAAGCCGAUUUGAUUCCCUUAGAUUUGGUGGAUUUGGAUAUUAUUUUAGGGAUGGAUUGGCUAGAGAAGCAUCAUGCGUCCGUGGAUUGUUUCCGGAAGGAAGUGACACUCCGGAGUCCAGGACAACCCAAAGUGAUAUUCCGGGGAGAACGUAGAAUCCUCCCUACUUGCCUUAUCUCUGCUAUUACAGCUAAGAGGUUACUCCAAAAAGGGUGUGAAGGAUUCCUAGCUCAUAUCAUCGACGCUCGAGAGAUCACCUUGAAUCUGGAAGAUAUUCCCGUUGUUAGUGAGUUUCCCGAUGUCUUUCCAGAUGAUCUUCCUGGGUUACCUCCUGAAAGGGAAAUUGAGUUUACUAUUGAACUCCUUCCAGGCACCAAUCCUAUCUAUCUAACUCCUUAUAGGAUGGCACCAGCCGAGCUUCGGGAAUUGAAGACUCAGUUGCAGGAAUUAGUGGAUAUGGGUUUCAUCCGACCUAGUGUUUCCCCAUGGGGUGCACCGGUGUUGUUUGUGAGGAAGAAGGAUGGGACCAUGAGGUUAUGUAUUGAUUACCGGCAGUUGAAUAAGGUGACAGUACGUAACCGGUAUCCUUUGCCUCGGAUUGAUGAUUUGUUUGAUCAGUUGAAAGAUGCCAAGUAUUUCUCUAAGAUUGAUCUGAGAUCAGGGUACCAUCAAUUGAGGAUUAGAGAAGAGGAUGUUCCCAAGACCGCAUUCAGAACGCGAGUGUUCCGACCAUACUUGGAUCACUUUGUGAUUGUGUUCAUAGAUGAUAUCUUGGUUUACUCUAAGACUUUGGAAGGGCAUAAGAAGCAUCUAAGAUUGGGUUACUAUCGUCGAUUUGUGGAAGGGUUCUCUUCGAUAGCAACACCUCUCACGAGGUUGACAAGGAAAGAUGUUGCAUUUGAGUGGACGGAGGAGUGCGAACAGAGUUUUCAGGAGUUGAAGAAGCGGUUGACCACCGCACCUGUUUUGGCUCUUCCUGAUAACUCAGGGGGCUUCGUGAUCUACAGUGAUGCAUCUUUGCAAGGAUUGGGAUGUGUUCUGAUGCAACAUGAUCGGGUGAUUGCUUAUGCCUCGAGGCAACUCAAGAAGCAUGAGCGGAAUUAUCCAGUUCAUGAUUUGGAACUUGCUGCAGUGGUGUUUGCUUUGAAGAUUUGGCGGCACUACUUGUAUGGUGAGACGUGUCAGAUUUUCACUGAUCACAAAAGCCUUAAGUAUUUCUUUACCCAGAAGGAGCUGAAUAUGAGGCAACGGCGUUGGCUGGAAUUGAUCAAGGACUAUGAUUGCACGAUUGAGUAUCACCCAGGCCGAGCUAAUGUGGUUGCAGAUGCAUUGAGUAGAAAGACCACUGCGAACUUAGCUCACAUCAGGACGGCCUAUCUUCCGUUGUUAGUGGAACUACGGAAGGAUGGAGUAGAAAUGGAGAUGACUCAACAGGGUGGAAUCCUUGCUAGCUUGCAUGUGAGACCCAUUAUGGUGGAGCGGGAUAAGGGGAGAAGUAGAAAAUGGAACACGGAAAGAUUAUGCCAUAAGGGGAGACGGAGCCUUGGUAAAAGGAGCUCGUCUAUGUGUACCUAG